AACUCCUGAAAAAAAAAAAAAAAAAAAAAAAACCAUCCCGUAACCUUCACCCUUCCAUCUUCCAUACACCCCGUCUCAUUCUUCCUCGCAUUCCCAAAAAGACACCGUCCCCUUUCUAUAUUUUUAAUUAACUCCUUCCACAUCACAUCACCUCACCAGCCAUCAUCAAUCACCGUGAGUGGCACUGCAACCAGCUGCUUUCCUGUCCGCCAGCUUCAAAAAGACCAAGAGCAGUAGCCACGGACGACAGCUGCUCCAGUAGCAGACGACUAAUUUCAGUUCAGCAGUAACGUGAGCAGAGAUUCCUCUCAGCAGCUUCAUCCUCCAUCCAGCAACAGGAGUCUCUUCUAAGCUGUGCAACAGCAGCUAAGCCUUAGUGAUCUCCUCUGCAUCAACCGUGGGGAGUUGAAAACAUUCUUGCUCGGAUUUUCAGUCAAACUCCAGCCAAAAAAAUCGCUUUCUUUCUGGCUCCAUUUCCUGUCUCAACUCUGAAGCUUAUAACCUUCACCAAACCACGUCAAAAGGUUCACAUCCUCUCCCUCUCUUGCUAGCCACACCGAGCCCUGGUGGGAUUUUUGCUCUAUUUCUCUGAAAGAUCGUCUAGCACUCAGGAAGUCGAGCUAGAAGUCAAAGCAGCCAAGAUUCUUGAACUGGGCUCUCUUCUGUGUGUUGCUUGUUGAAGAUGAUGAAUUUCAGGAGCUUAGAUGAGUUUUGGUCAUUCUACGUGACUCAGCAUUCAAAACCAUCAACAAGACGUUGGCAUUUUGUGGGCACUCUUGCAAGCAUGCUGCUACUGCUGAACUCUCUUGUUUUCAAUCUGUGGUUUUUGUUCUUGGUGCCAUUCGUUGGGUAUGGAUGCGCCUGGUACAGCCAUUUCUUUGUGGAAGGGAAUGUUCCGGCAAGUUUUGGGCAUCCAGUUUGGUCUUUUUUAUGUGAUUUCAAAAUGUUUGGAUUGAUGCUUACUGGUCAGAUGGAUAGAGAGAUCAAGAGACUCGAGAAGAGGCCUGUUUUACAGGGAUUUUGAUCAUGUUCUAAGCACUUUUCUGUUUUACCAAUCAAAUAAUCAUGCAUGGAAAAUCUCAUUCACUCUUGGUGACUUUUUGAGAUUCUACUGUUUCUUGGGAACAUUACAAAAUAAACUUAUCUCUUGUUUCUGUAUUUAAA